GCCUUGUAAGCUUGAGAGCAAUUAGUGAAAAUCAUUGUUCUCUAAGGCAUCGAAGGAGGAUAAGAGAGAAUUAAUCUAUACUGUUCAUUCAAGUUCAUACAUAAACAAAAGAAAACGACAUGGUGAGGGCUCCUUGCUGUGAGAAAAUGGGAUUGAAAAGGGGGCCAUGGACACCUGAAGAAGAUCAGAUCUUGAUCUCCUACGUUCAGAAAUAUGGCCAUAGCAAUUGGCGUGCGCUGCCUAAGCAAGCUGGUUUACAAAGAUGUGGCAAGAGUUGCAGACUCCGAUGGGUAAACUACUUGCGGCCAGAUAUAAAGAGAGGCAACUUCAGCAAGGAAGAAGAGGAAACUAUCAUCAAGUUGCAUGAAGUUCUUGGAAAUAGGUGGUCGGCAAUUGCAUCAAGAUUACCAGGAAGGACAGACAAUGAGAUUAAGAAUGUAUGGCACACCCACUUGCUAAAAAGACUCAAACAAAAUGGCGAAUCCAAGUCACAACAACACAUCAGAAUACCAGACUGUCAUCUCAAUGACAAUAAACUGUCACAAUCGGCAAAUUCGACUGUUCCUUUUCUUUCAGGGUGCAAGAGCAUAGAGGACGCGCAAAUGUCCCCUCAACCCUCUUCUAGUGAUCACUCCUCAAUCACUGAUACUUCAGAAACAAACAACACCGGCUUGAUCAAGGUUGAAAACAUAGACUCAUCAGAGAUUUAUCCGGUGAUUGAUGAAGAUUUCUGGUCAGAACCAGAAAUGGUUGAGAAUUCUGGCAUGCCAUCAUCAAGUUUUCUAGACGACUCACAAUUUCCAUUCCCCUCACCAGACACUGUGGAACCGGCAGGAUGUAAUGGUUACGGUCCAAAGGUUGACGAUAACAUGGGAUUUUGGUACAACCUUUUUAUUAAAUCUGGGGGAAUAGAAGAACUACCAGUUCAAUACUUACAGAGGUAUAACUAUCUGGCGGAUGAAAGAAUCUGAACACUAUGGUGCCUUGUUUUCGACUUCUUCGACAUCGAAAGUACCUGGAAAAUGUGGGGGUAGACUUGUCCAAGUCCUAAUGAUAGAAUCAUUGGUUGAAGAAGAAAAAAGAAAUGCUAGUCUAGAAAAAAAAAGAAAAAAGGGCGAUUAUUCCCUUGAUUUGCUGCAAAUUGAGAGGACAAAAAGAAGAAUAAAGUGGGCUACAUAUAUAGGAAAUUUUUGUAUAGAGACAAGGGAUGUCUAAAGGGUGGAAUCUUCGUUGAACAAAUGUUUAUGAUGAAUCUUUUUAUUCAUAAAACUCUAACCAUUAUGUAGAUCAAAAUAGUGAAUUAAUGUUAUGAAUCCUGGAUU